CCAACCCUCAAAACAGCCUACGCCCCGGGAUUGCAGCUGUUUGAACUGCGCCAUACAACAGUCGAUACGUGUAUUGCAGGUGUACGUAAAACCCAAGACGACGGCGUGGAUGUUGUGGCUCAGCUUUUGUAUUAUUUCUUUGCUUAUCACAACACAACUUUGUCGCCCGCGGGUUUGAUCUUUAAGCCCAGAACCCCGAUCGGGAAUGAGAUAACUGCCGCCAAAAGAGAUAAAAACAAAAAGGUUCAUCCCAAGCGCUUCACAUAAACGCGGCAGAAACCAUUAGCGCCCCCCGGACGCAUCGAGAAAAAAAAAGACGACAACUUUGCCCUCGUCGCAUCUUGUCACGCUAGACAUCGGCCGACGCCAACAGUGCCGUCAUAGGGAGGCUGAUGCCAACAGUCGCCAACCUAGGCUAGCAAUCAUUUUAGUCUCGGUGCCUCUGCUUGGUGCCUUGCCUUGGCCUACGUUUCUGUGGUAUUUUUUUGUUUGAAGGACAACCCACACUCGUUUGAUUUGAUUUUACAUUUACACAAACCCCACAUACAUAGUAUCUGGCAUAUCUCGCCAGUAUUAUACUCGACCAACAAACAACUUUCUACCACUCGGAACGAAAAGAAACCAAAAACACCUCUUGCAACAUGUUGAGGCUAUCAUACUGGGUCUUGCCCAUAAUAUCGGGCGUCGUAUGGCUUGCCACCCUCCUUGGCCUGCUGCUCAACUGGACCGUCAACGAGGACCGCGUGCACUAUGGCAGUAUGAGCGAGAACCAGACCAUCGCGUACAUCAGUGAUACCGGUGCUUACAGGCUCAAGCCGCUCUUCAUCGCCGGCUGCGUCAUCACGACCAUCUUCCUCGAUGCGGCCUUCCUCGCCGACAGGUGGCUGAGGCACAAGGGCAGGCUCGUGCCCAAUUCCACCAUGGGAGAGAAGAUCUUGUCAGGCCUGACCAUUGCAUUCGCCGUAGUAGGCACAGUAGGCCUGAUCAUGCUGAGCAUCUUCGACACCGCAAGUCAUAACAGGUUGCACAACAUCUUCCUGAGCUUCUUCAUCGGUGGAUACACAAUCAGUGCCGUUUUCAUCUGCUGGGAGUACCAGCGUCUCGGUCGCAACCGAGAUCACCGCGUUCUUCGCAUCUCUUUCUGGAUAAAGCUCGUCUUCAUCAUCGUCGAGGUCCUCCUCUGCGUCGGCUUCGGCAUCGCUAACCGCCUCCGCGAGUUCAACGUCGCCGCCGUCCUCGAGUGGAUCAUCGCCGUGGUCUUCUCCUUUUACGUCUUUUCCUUCUACGUCGACCUGUACCCGGCCGUCUACACCAAGAACGGCAAGCCCUAUACCCGCCCUCUCGCCGGCGGCGCCUUCAGGACCAAGGGCAUGGCCGAACCUCCCAUGGCACAGCGCUACCGCGGCGGCUCCGCCAGCGCGGCCGAGGAGGGCAGGAUCGAUUCCGACUCGACCGGUGCUGGUGGCGUUGGCGCCGCCGCCGCUGGUGGUCCGUUUGGCUCCGGUGCCAUGUCACACACGGAGAGGGAAUACUAUCAGCGCCCGCCUGUGCCGCAGAACUUUUAGGCUCAGCCUCCGCGGUAUUGCAGCGACCGGGUGCUGGUGGAAAGGGACAAGGAGGAGCAUGAGCAGCUGCAGCUACAGCCGCUUGCCGGUCGACGCAAGGCAGGGAGGGGCGUCGUUCUGUUGGUGAGGCGUCCCGGGUCCGGCAUGCGAUGAUCAUGGGGUCAUACCUAAUAUGAACCUUCUGCCAAGCACUGUGUCUUGCUCAUUCUCUAUUAUUGUUCAUUUGGGCAACAAGCAAGCGGCUGUUUUAUUUGGCUUUGGCUUGGGCUAGGAGUUUAUGGGCGUUUCCGAUGACGAGACCUAGAAAUAUUGUUAAAAUUAAAUGUAUAAUUUAUCCGGGAAUUUACGCACUCAUGCUUAGAGGCUACCUUGGAGGCGUCUAUUACGCGACCUCGUAUGUAUCAUCUAAUGUUUUCUCACGUCGUGAAAAUCACAAAAUUGCA